CGCUACGGCUCUCGGCGCUAAAGCGCAGCGAGCGUCCGCAGCCGUACCGUUUCCCCGCAAACAUGGCUCUGCUCGGCCGCUUCUCCGGCGCCCUCCUGCGCCCCGCUCUUCGGGCUCAAGCCCGCCAGCUGUCCGCUGUGGCUCACGGCGAGCAGGGAGCGAAGACCUGGAAGAUCUUGAGCUUCGUGGUGGCCCUUCCCGGGGUGGCAGUCUGCAUGCUGAACACCUUCCUGAAGGCUCAGCACCACAGCCACGAGCAACCCGAGUUCAUUCCCUACACUCACCUGCGCAUCCGCAGCAAGCGUUUCCCGUGGGGCGAUGGCAAUAAGUCUCUCUUCCACAACUCCCACGUGAACGCUCUGCCAGACGGUUACGAGGGUCACCAUGAGUGAAGGCCGUUUCGGGUUCUCUUCUCCGUCCCUGAGCCUUCACACUCCCUCUCUCUCUCGCUGGACCAGAGGGCUUCCUCACCCCGCUCUCUUACCUCCUGGACCACGCUCCUCUUCUCUGUUUACCUAAAAACCUGUUCAAACCAUCUCUGACCUCUGGGCUCCUCCCCACGCUGGAGCCUCCUACUGGAGACAGUUACAUUGGACCAUAAAACGACCUGAUGUUUGAACUUUAACUGAAAAUAAAGAUAUUCCUUAAAUUAUA